CCCGCGACCGGACGCCCCGAGCGCGCCCUGGGCAGCGUGCCCGCCGGGAGUCGCCCCGCCGGCGAGGCGCCGACCCCCGCGGGCGCGGCUCGGCGCGGAACGGGGUCUGCGGUCCCGGGCCUGAGCGUUCGCCUCUUCUUCCCGCAGGUGGAGCUCGUGCCCGACCGAGACCCGGACAACGACGGGACCAAGAUCAGCACAGUGAAAGUCCAAGGCAAUGACAUCUCUCACAAGCUUCAGAUUUCCAAAGUGAGGAGAAAGGAUGAAGGCUUAUAUGAGUGCAGGGUGACCGAUGCCAACUACGGAGAGCUUCAGGAACACAAGGCCCAGGCCUACCUGAAAGUCAACCCCAACAGCCAUGCCCGGAGGAUGCAGGCCUUCGAAGCCUCCCCCAUGUGGCUGCAGGAUAUGAAGCCUCGCAAGAAUGCCUCCGUGGUGGCUCCCAGCGGCAUCCACAGCUCAGCCAACCAGCAGAUGCACUCCACCUCAAGCCCUCAAGCGGUAGCCAAAAUCCCCAAACAAAGUCCUCAAUCAGGUGCGAGGAUAGCUACAAGCCAUGGACUUUCUGUCCUGCUUCUUGUUUGUGGCUUUGUGAAGGGUGCUUUGCUUUAAUCUAAAGUGCUGACUUUUUUCCAAUAUCACUUUCUCUUCUUAAAGCAAAGAGCAAAUCGCCUGUAAAAUCUACGGAGCGGACAGCAAAGUUGACCCUAAACUCCAAGCACCACUCUGCACCCACUGUACUCUAAUUACCUACACAUGGAGCGCCUGCUUCUGGAAGCAUUAACGAAGAAGCUAUCACACGCUUUGUUCAUAAUAUUUUCUUGGGCAAAUCGCUAAUCUUUUUAUUUCAAGAGAAUUAGUGUGAAGUCAUAGGACAUUUUCUAAUAGCAAGACCUAUUUUUUUCCUUUUCCUUUGGCUACUUAAAGCAUCAUCUCACUGACUACUCAGGGGUUGGCCUGAAUGUCGUCGGUAUAGUAAACAUUUACUACACAUUCCACUAAUUUCCUGCCAAGAGACCCAUUACCUGCUCCUAGCAAACAGAGAUCAAAAGGCUACAGGACAGAAACUAUCAUCAAACAAAUCCCCCGUUUGGGGGCGAGAACAAAAUUUUCGACACCGCAAGUCAACAAGAACAUUAUUUAAAAUGAGAAAUAAUGAAAGAUUUUUUUUUUUAUUUUCCUUUUCUUUUCUUGAAUUUUUCUCCGUUUUCUUGAUUAGUUCUUGUUCAAUAGUGGCAAGUGCUGAUUACGGCCAAUCCCCGUCAAUCCUGGGAGGUUUAUAUAACUACAUUUCGAGUGUUCGAUAUUUCAAUGUAUUUCAAUUCAUUUUGCAAUUCCUGUGUAUGCAAACUUGAUAAAUUCUAUAAAUUGCUUAUCAUAUGUGUGAUAUAACUUCAAAGUAGGUAGACUGUGAUCCUCAUGCAAGCUGAUUUUUAUCAUUAUAGAUAUGAUACAUACAUAUAACUGUAUUUUGGGCCACCAACCAAUUUUUUUUUGGAUAAAGCAUUUGUUUUUCACUUAUAAUUCUUAUAUUGUGUGAAUUUUGUAAUACAUUGUUUCACUUCCACAGGUUUGACAGCUGCAGAGGGUUUAUGUUGCCCUCUGCUUCCUUCUGGAAAUGCAUAUCCAAAACUGUAUUGGUCUCUGAUCAAUGAAUUAAUUUUGUGUGUAUGCUGUAUUGGAAUUUGUUAUGUUCCUUUCUACAUGAUGUUUAUUGAUGUUUGAGGGUCUCUUGAUUCUGAAGAAUGUAUACCCUCUGGUCUGACAGCUACCACAGUAUUAUUACCAUCAUGAUUAUCGUCAAAAAGCAAUGUUGCUUUUAGAAAAUUUGGCUUGGAGAUGAUUGUGGGGAAGGUGAAGUGCUCACCGUGAUUUACUAAAUUCAUGAAAGAACACUUCUUGCUUGACUAAAAAUGCUGCUUCCUUUGACCUUUAUGAAUUUUUGUAGCUUUGUCAUCUGUUAUUUGCUGCUAGUUGUUUUAAUGUCUGCUAAUUAAAAAUUAAGAUUUGAUUGUUGGCUAAAUACAAUAUGCAAAAGAUGACUGCAAAUCCCUGACUAAAGAAGACAAUGUGUUCAGUUUUCACUAGUUAAGUGACACAAUUUUAAAUAUUCCAUACUUAUUUUUGGCUUUAUGAUAAUUAGACUUUUAUUUAGAACCUAUUUUCUACUCUGGCAAUGAAUGACAGGCAGAACUAUUAAUGUUUCUAUAUAUGCUAUGGAAUAGAUAUGGGUUGAGAUAUGACCUAAGUUUUCCUUCCAGAGAGAUUCUUCUGUUUUCUGUCAUUAAAAAACCAGAAGAUCAUCUGUGUAGGACUGUCAGCAACCAGAUUAAGGUUCUAAAAUGAAGCUUGAAGGCAAUGAAUACCUCUGCUUUUCACAGGUAAAUUUUCUGAAAUUCAAUUAUAAGAAGCGUGCAUAUUUUCAUAUUAUCUUCUGAGAAAUAAUGUUUCAUGCUAAAUCUUUUAUUCACAUUUUCCUUGUUCAUUUGGUUUAUUUUUCAGUCUAAUGAGAAAAAUAAAGGAAUUGAUUGUGCUAUUUUAUUAACCUAGAAAUUUAUUCUUUCAAAGUUUAAUACUUAAAAUGCAUAAAGUAAUGGUAAGAUAAAUAUUAUUUAUUAAGUAUAUCUCGGCUUUCAAGAUUACAUGCAUUCAAGCAUUAAUUACCCUACUGAUUUAAAUUUAGUGAGGCUGGGAAGUUCUUUCAUAUAGUUUACUUUUACCCAAAGUUCAGGUCAUGAGAUGGGUCAAUUCUAAAGCAAGACAAAUGUAUAUCUGUAUCGAUGAUGUUUGCCAUGCUCACUCAUAAUAAAAAACAUCUGCUAGCUUGGAAAGAAUCUUCAUUAAUUCAUUCUGUUGGUUUCCAAAAUAAUGAAGACUUCUUUGUCAGUGCACCACCAAGAAUCUGACUGGCCUCUUUGAGAAAGAACAUGGCACUCUAUUUCUCCAAACUUGAAAAGUUAAUAUGGAACCUUAAAUAUUGGAACAGAAGCUGUAACCAAUUAAGGAGGUUGUCUAGUGGUUUUCACCUUAUAUUGCAUCCCUCUGAGACUCUUGUAUGUAUCCAUGACUAUAAAAACAAAUAAAGAUUGAAAAGUAAGUUAUCUGAUUUUCUCAACCUUGAUUUCCAAGGUUAUAUAAUGUUUUUCAUAAGAGGGAGUCAUAAAAUUGCUUGAAGACUUACAAAUGAAACAAUGCAAAUGAUAAUAUUUGAGGAUAAAAUUAUAACAAAAACCAUGUAAAGCAGGAAUUCUUCAUCUGAGUUAGUACAUAAGCUUGGUGGGGCAGUGAAUGCCCUGAAACUAUGUGCAUAUUUUUGCAUAUAUGUAUUUGUCUUAUGAAGAUGGUCCUUCACAUUCAUCGAUUAUGAAAAUGACUUAUGAUUUGCUGACCGAAAAGAAUGUUUAGAUGCUUUUGUUUAUUAUAAUUUUGAACCAAGUUAACCUUAAAGUUCUUGGGAGCAACACAUGUUUAGAGAAAUAGUUUAUAGGUAUUUGGCAAAGAAAACAUACAGUUGACCCUUCAACAACAUGGGUUUGAACUGCACAUGUCCACUUAUAUCACUUAUCUGUGGAUAUUUUUCAAUAAAAAUAUUGGAAAAAGUUUUGGAGAUUUGAGACAAUUUGAAAAAACAUUUUCUUUAGCUUUGUAUAUAGUAAGAGUACAAUAUAUAGUACAUACACCAUACAAAACAUGUUAAUUGACUUUAUUUUAUCAGAAGGCUUCUAGGCAACACUAGGCUAUUAGCAGUAAGUUUUGGGGGAGCAAAAAGUUAUACAUGGAUUUUCAACUCUGUGGGGUGUCAGUGCCCCUAACCCCUGCAUUGUUCUAGGAUGAACUGUAUCUUUAAGUCCCAAAAAAAAUUUCCUUUAGAUUUCUCAUAUACAGCAAAGAAUAACAGAUACGGGAUGAUGUUUGUUGAAUUUUUAGAACCAAUACUAAGAACUUAAAAUACAAUUUUACAGAAUAUACAUGGAUACCAUUCAAAUAAGUAGUCCUGGCAUUGCUACUAUGUAAAAAACAAAACAAAAUAUUAAAUAUAGCUUAGUGGUUUCUAUAAGUGAAAAAAUGCAAAAGGUAAAUGUAAUCUCUUUGAGAUAAUACUUAAACUCUGAUAAUUGUGUCAUGGAAAUAAGACUAUGAAGCUAUAAAAUAUGUGUGCAUAUACUUUCAAAUAGCAAGCCCAAAUAAUUUUAAUCUUAGAACUGCUUAUUAAUUAGAAGAGCACCUAUCAUUCAGGAAGCGUUAUAUAAAUUUCAUUGUUUCAGCAAAGGAAUGGAUAAGGUCCUUUCCUUUAUCUGUGGAGAGACAGACAGUAAAAUAAACAUUUAAAAAUGAGAAAAUAUAAGAAAGUAAUAAAUUCUGGGAGAAAACCGAGUGAAUGAUAUAAAGGAGUGUGACUUGGACAGAUCAGAGAAGGCUGCUCUGAGGAGGUGACAUUUAAGCAAAACUUGAAUGAUUGACUAGAAAUCAGUUGGGAGGAUUUGGGAGAAGAGGCUUCCAGGGAGAGGCAACAAUUUUUGCAAAACUCCUACCAUGACAUCCAUCCAAGCUUGUUCAUGGACUAGAGAGAGGCAAAGGUUGAUAAAUGAGGGGAGAGUAGUGUGAGAUGAGAUUGGGUGAGGGAAGCCAGAAAAAAACAAGCCAAGAGCAAAAGGAACAGAGCUGGUUUGUGAAAAUUCCAGUGUGAGCUGUUUUCUGAAGUCAGAGUACAAGCUAUCUGGAGCUGACUUCUUACUCUGUAUAGUUUAGACGUAAGCAAGACAGCUGUGACCAAAACUGAGUCUUUCACACAGUCAAGUUAUGUUCUCAUAUAGAAACUACAAGAAUAUAUUAGGCAUGAGGGACCUUAACUCAGUAUUUUAGUGCUGAAAUACAACUGAUAAUUUUGAGGAGGAAAUGGAAAAUUAAAAGAUAAUUGGACUGCUUUUGGUGUAACACUGAACUAUUUGCAGUAAUUACAAAUGAAAUUUGAAAUAAAAACAUAAGUAUAUAAGUUGAGAGUACAUAUUGAAAGAAAUUUAGACACUUGUUGGUAAAACAUUGUAAUUAAAAAGAUGGAGGGAAAGGAAAAGAACCUCUACAUGUA